AUGCCAGUCUUUGAUCGUGCAACUCGUGCUCUAAUUAUAGCCUAUAAGGCUGAUGGGAAGACAAAUCAAGAGACAACUCUGUUGACUGGUGUUGAGAAGCGCUUUGAUCCUGCUGUCAGACCUAUUCGACUAGAGAACAAGCACGUUCAAGAUGGAGUGCGAUCUGGGAGGUCUUCAAAACAGCAAGAGGCCUUUGAGAAGGUUGUAAACCUUUCAAGUUGGCCUAGAUAUCUCAGCCUCUACAGUGUGGAGAGUACUCAGAAAAGCAGGCUACAAGAAGGCAAAACCAACAAGGAAACCUGGGUUGACGAAACAGAUGAGGAAAGAGAGGCUAGCUUGGUGUCUUGA